GUAACAGUUGAAGAUUUUGAAUUGGUUUGUAAAGGUCUGUAUCGGGCAUUGUGUAUACGGGAAAAAUACAUGCAGAAGUCAUUUCAGAGGUUCCCCAAGACCCCUUCCAAGUAUUUGAGGAACAUUGAUGGCGAAGCUUUGGUAGCAAAUGAGAACUUCUAUCCAGUCUUUACCCCUCCUCCGAAGAAGGGAGAAGACCCCUUUCGCACAGACAACCUUCCUGCAAACCUGGGCUAUCACCUCCAGAUGAAGGAUGGUGUAGUUUACAUCUACCCUGAUGAGGCAGCAGCCAGCAGAGAGGAGCCCAGGCCAUACCCUUACCCAAAUCUGGAUGACUUCUUGGAUGAUAUGAACUUUUUGCUGGCUUUAAUUGCCCAAGGACCUGUCAAGACUUACACCCACCGGCGCCUGAAGUUCCUCUCUUCCAAGUUCCAGGUUCAUCAGAUGCUGAACGAGAUGGAUGAGCUGAAGGAGCUAAAGAACAACCCCCAUCGAGACUUUUAUAAUUGCAGGAAG